AUGGCCAUUACUAUUCUUCCUCCGGUUGUGGAGGAUGUCGACGUUCCUUACUCCGAUUCGGAGGACGAUGCCAUGUCCGUGGAUUCAGAUGGAGGAGUCGAUCUAGCAGCGGGAGAUGCCACAAGACCUAGCAAGCGGGUUCGCUUAGUGGAGGGAACAAAUAUUGGCGCUGGAGUUCUCACACCGGGUGAGAUCGUAACAGACGACCCGCAAUGGAUGAGAGGACACGGCACGUACACAAACCCACUAUCCACCUCCAUCAUUGCCACCGUCGCCGGUACGGUUCAGAAGACCAACAAACUGCUCUCCGUCCAGCCCCUACGCGCCCGCUAUACGCCUGAGAUCGGUGACCUGGUGGUGGGGCGCAUUGUCGAGGUGCAGUCUCGCCGAUGGAAGGUUGAUGUCGCUGCUCCCCUUCUCGCACAGCUUCCCCUCUCCGCUAUCAACUUGCCUGGUGGUAUCUUGCGUCGACGAACGAGCGCCGAUGAACUACAAAUCCGAACCUUCUUCAGCGAGGGUGACCUCGUCGUUGCUGAAGUCCAGUCGGUACAUUCGGACGGAGGCGCCUCGCUGCACACCCGGUCGCUGAAGUAUGGUAAAUUGAGGAACGGCGUGUUUCUUGCGGUGACGGGGACGGGUGGCAGUGGUGCGUCCAGCUCGUCGGUCAAAGGUACUUCGGGAGCGAGUGCUACGGGAGCGGGAGCCGGAGGUGCAGCGGGUGCUGGUGGAGUGGUUCGGUCGCGCAGACAGGUCUGGACGAUCAAUACCGCCAAUGGAGGUGGGGAUGUGGAUGUGAUUUUGGGAGUUAAUGGAUACAUCUGGAUUUCUAAGCACGCCGAUGGAGCGGCUGCUGCAUCGUCGACAACGGAGAAUGUGUCAAUCACGCGCAUGGAGGAAAUGGUGUCGAGUUCCAUCUACUCGAGUCAGAACGAUGACAUCCCGCCACAGACGCGUCGGGAAAUUGCCCGGUUGGCGCAGUGCAUUCGGGUGCUUGUCAACGGAGGAGUCCGGGUGGACGAGGAGACGGUGAUGGGAGCCUACGAAGCCAGCUUACAGGUGGAUCUGGAGGUGGGAGAUGAAGAGGAUGAGGAAGAUCGGGGCAAGGAGGGCAGAGAAUACCUGGAGGGCGACAAGGCUCGUCGGAUUCUGGAUUUGGUGCUACAACAACUAUAG